AUGCUUAUUGCGAUCAUGAUGCUUGCUGCUGCUGCUGCUGCUGCUGCUGUUGUCAUUCCAUUGCCUGAGUGCGCCUCGAACUACCCCAUGGUCGACGGGGCGGAAGAUCGCAAGGUCAUUGGGAGAGAGUCAAUUGGCCGAGCACGACCAUCGAAGGACGAUGAACGGUGGUCAUCUGACGUAGAUUCGCAUAUCGGCACUUUCUACGCGGAACUGCGCUGGUGCUGGGCCAAUUCCUCCGACGCCGGAGGGUGCGGGCGCCGGGACCGUCCACUCGUCCCCCCCCAAACCCAAACCUCGGCAAUGCCAUUCGCCCCGAAGUCCCUCAGUCAUCCACCCUAA